GUGGGGGAGGAAGACAAAACAAAACAGAGCAUCUCCGGAGCUGUCCUUGGUACUGAAGCCCUCUCCCCCCACCCCUGGGGAUCCUCACACUGAAUAUUCAUAAGUUGGAGGGGAGGGAACGACAUUCUCUGAGGUGGUCCCCUCCCCAAAGGCCUGAAGCCAGAAGUUUCGGGCCUUUGGCCCCAUCCCUCUGGGACUCCCUCUCGGACCCAAGUACUGAGGGAGAAGGACUCAGUAUCGGGCCGAAAUGGAGGACAAAUCUGUGGAUGAGAUGCUUACCCGGCCCCUAGAAGCCUCAACUCUCAGGCUGAUGCCUGACUUGGGGCGGGAUAUGAGGAAGGUGACUGUUAAGGGGGUCUGCCUCGAAGGGCUGAAACACCGCCCCCUCUUGGCCCUGAGACUGCGCCUCUCUCGCCAGGCCUAGGAAGUCUCCGAGGGGCAGCUGCGGUCAGAGGGCGUGAAGGGCUCCGCGGGGCCUGAGACCCCGCCCCUGCCCCCAGGACUAUGUCCCGGCUCGGCCCUAACUGCCCGCUGCCUCCAGGGCAAGCACGGCGGAGCCAACCAGCACCCGCGGCCCGGGGCUGAGGCUCGAGUGGAUCGGAAACCCUAAGUGACCCGCCGUCAUGGAGCCCCUGGGCCUGGGGGACCUGUCCUCUGGCUCCCUGAGCUCCCUCUCCUCCCGUGGCCACCUGGGCAGCGACACCGGCUCCGCAACGCGAUACCUGCUGAGGAGGCAGCAGCGGCUGCAGAACGGGCCCCCCCGAGGAAUCCGAGCCUCCUCACCCAUGGGCAGAGUCAUUCUCAUCAACUCCCCCAUCGAAGCCAACAGUGAUGAGAGUGACAUCAUCAAUGCAGUCACGGUGGAGAAGAGCCCAGCAGGAAAGUUGGGCUUCAGUGUCCGUGGGGGCUCCGAGCAUGGCCUGGGUAUCUUUGUCAGCAAAGUGGAGGAAGGGAGCAGUGCAGAGAGAGCUGGUCUACGAGUGGGAGACAAAAUCACAGAGGUGAAUGGGCUCAGCCUGGAGAGUACCACUAUGAGUAGUGCUGUGAAGGUGCUGACCGGGAGCAGCCGCUUGAGCAUGAUGGUGAGGCGAAUGGGCCGGGUGCCUGGGAUCAAGUUCUCUAAGGAGAAGACCACGUGGGUGGAUGUGGUCAACCGAAGGCUAGUGGUGGAGAAAUGCGGUUCAACACCCUCAGACUGCAGCUCGGACGAUGGAGUUAGGCGCAUUGUGCACCUGUACACGACUUCUGAUGACUUCUGCCUAGGUUUCAACAUCCGAGGGGGCAGAGAAUUUGGUCUGGGAAUAUAUGUCUCCAAAGUGGACCAUGGUGGACUGGCCGAAGAGAAUGGCAUCAAAGUGGGAGACCAGGUCCUGGCAGCCAAUGGAGUGAAGUUUGACCACAUUAGUCACAGCCAAGCUGUGGAGGUGCUGAAGGGUCAGACACACAUCAUGCUGACCAUCAAGGAAACAGGAAGAUAUCCAGCCUAUAAGGAGAUGGUAUCUGAGUACUGCUGGCUGGACCAAUUGAACAAUGGGCCCCUGCAGCAGCUGUCACAGACAUCGGAGAGUAGUUCAACUGUGUCCUCCUACUCCUCCAGCAUCCCCUACAGUUCUGGCUCUGGCUCCAGCUGCCUCCCCUUGGACAUGGUGGACGUUGGUCUAUCCACAGAGGAGCUAGUUGGGCCAGGGUCCAGGGGCUGGGGACGAGCAGACACGGCCAUACAGACUGAGCCAGAAGUCAGCGGGGUAGUGGAGACGUGGUGCAGUGUCCGGCCCACAGUGAUCCUCAGAGACACAGCCAUUCGAUCAGAUGGGCCCCUCCUUGCCCGAAGAUCCGGUUCUCGCCUUGACACCGCCCUAUCUGAGUCCCCCAAAACAGCCCUACUCCUGGCUCUCAGCAGGCCUCGGCCACCCAUCACUCGAUCUCAGAGCUACCUGACCUUAUGGGAAGAGAAAAAACAGCGACGGAAGGAGAAGUCGGGGUCACCCCCAGAGAAGGGUGCCCUGCAGCGCUCCAAGACAUUGAUGAACCUCUUCUUCAAGGCGGGGAAGACUGGGCGGCUGACAGGAGAUGGCAAAAAUGAAGCCUCAGUGCUGGAGAAUGAGAACACCAGCAGAUUUCAUUCACAUCUGGAAGGGGAGAAAGGGACAUCAGGACCUGUGCAGAAGUUUGUCACCUGGAAACUGAGAAGGGACAGAGAGAGAGCUCAGACCAUGCUCAUCCCUGGAUCUGAAGGACGCUCUAGUCAGCUGACCAAUGGAGAGGAUCAGAUAAAGGCCUGGGAGAGCCGUCUCCCUCUCAUACAGGACCUGGCCCGGCGCCUUCUGACUGACGAUGAGGUCCUAGCUGUUACUCGUCACUGUACCCGGGUAGGUUUUCCCCUGCCUCCUUCCUCUGGUCACCAUCCACCAUUCAAUCCCUACCUCGGGCGGCGCCGGAUGGCCGGGCUAGGGGGCCACGUCUCUGCCUCUGCGGUCUGGGGACUAGCCAAUAGUUCUGAGGGGGGUGCAUCUCCGCGCCGCUCCGUAUCCGUGGCACGCUGUGGACGCAAGGGGGCGCCGCACUCCGCGUCAUUGCAAGGCCGAGCUUGUGUACGAGGGGGUGACGGGGAGCCCCGGGCCGCCGUGGGCCGGCGGCUUAUUUUCCGACAGAUGCGCCCAGCCCCUCAUCUUCCCCGGGCGGAGACCCCCCAGCGGCGGCUGCCUUCCCCUCCCCCCGCCCGGCCUUCACCCCCGGGGCGGCUGCCUUUGGGCCCACCGGAGGACCCCCCCAAGCGCCACCUCAUCACACCUGUGCCUGACAGCCGGGGAGGGUUCUACCUGCUCCCGAUGAAUGGCUUCGCGGAGGAGGAAGAGGAGGAGGCGGCGGCUGGGGCGCUGGGCCAGCGGCUGGCCGGGCUGCAGGUCUCGUCGUCUGAGGACACCCCGAGCCCUGCCCCGGCCGCCGCCUCUCGCCGCUCUCACAAGCCCUUCCCCCCGCUGCGAGACGUUCCCGUGGACGCCUUCUCCUGCCCGGGCCGCCGCAGCGCGUCGCCCCCGCCGCCGCCGCCCAGGCCGCCCCCUGUAGCCCCCCGACCCCCGCGGCCCAACUGGCUGCUGAGCGAGCCCCCCGGGCGGGCGCGUGAGGAUGCCCGACGCAGCCGCAGCCGGGGUCGCAGCCGCAGCCACAGCCGCGGCAAGUCCCCGGGCAGCAGGCGAUCCCCGUCCCCAGCCCCCGGGAACGGACGCUACAGUAAGUCCCGAUGCUCCCGGCUUCCCCUCCCCGGCCCCGGCGCCCAGGUGGUCGCUGAGGACCCUGACCAGCGUGGAGGGGCCCCGGAGCAAGAGCCGCCUCCGGACCGUGAGAAAGAGGGGGAGCUCAGGACCGUCACCCUCUCCAAGUUCAGACAGUCCCUGGGAAUCAGCAUUUCUGGGGGGAUCGAAUCCAAGGUGCAGCCCAUGGUGAAGAUUGAGAAGAUUUUCCCCGGAGGGGCAGCCUUCCUCAGUGGGGCUCUACAGGCUGGCUUUGAGCUUGUUUCUGUGGAUGGGGAGAGCCUCCAACAGGUGACUCACCAGCGAGCUGUGGACACCAUCCGCAGGGCCUAUCGAAACAAGGCUCGGGAACCCAUGGAGAUAGUGGUCAGGCUUCCCCGCUCUUGUCCUUCAGCACCUUCCUCCAUCUCCUAGCCCCAGAUCACUCUCCUUCGAUGACCUGCUGAUUCAUUCCCUGAUUCCCUCCCUAAGUUAACAGAGAGAUCGGGUUAUCCCCCCCCAGCACUACCCCAAGUUCCUGGAUGACCACAACCACUUUCCUUAAUCCAUCUUUUAGAGCCUCAUCUCUCUCAUACAGGCAGAUCUGUGGUCAGAACAGAAAUUAGAUGAUGGUGCUAAUAACCACUUUCCUAUCCUUUGUUCCCCCUAGGCCCAGCUGGCCUCAAAUCUAAGGCCUAGGGUGGUGGGGGGGGGUCAGAGCCAUGGGAAUUGGAGUGCAAGUUCUUCCCUGCUCUGUCUGGUGUCUCACAGGUAGGGCCCUCCACACGGGGCUCUUCCAGUGAGAGAGGACCAGGAUCCAUCUCAUCCAGUCCUGUGCUUCUGGUCAUUACUUAGUUAAAGGUUUAGAAUGUAAGAGAACUGCCCUGGUACCUCAGACCCUAUAAAUUCCAUUCAAGUCAUGCUCCAUAAGGACUUCCAGACCUUUUUCUACUGGACCUGUAGGGUAGGAGUUAAAGAGGAGCCAACAGUAGCGUGUAUGUGGGCAGAGAACAGAUGUUCCCUUUCUCUUAUAGACACUUUAAGCAUACUCAUUUUUCUUAAAAACAAAAAUUUUUUUUUUUAAUUUUUUUCUUUGGGUUUGUACAAGAAAUUUACACGUGUGAAAAUAUACAAUUUUAAAGAUGCCAUAAACUCAGGAAAGAGGGUGGGAUGAUGUUAGAGACCGGAAUAGUAACAAACACAAAUAAAUGAGAAGUCUCUGAGUUCUUCCUUUGGUCUGAAGGCAGCUCCUGGUCACACAGGGGGCUAUGGAAUGGGGCUCCAGAAAGAGGAACCUGAGGGAGAACCAAGGCAACUUCACUCCAGGUCCCUCCUCCUUUAGCCCAGGACAGGGAGGGGAGGCACAUACUUC